AGAUUGUUUUCUAUAUAACAUAUAUUUCUAUAAAUAGGGGCAACCUAAGACGAAUAACAUCUCCACUUCCCUUAUUUGAUCUUAUCCUUAUCUUCUUUCUUGUUCUAUUUCGCUUUUAACCUCUAUCUCUCUGAUAAUCAUUUCAUCUUCUUGUUUAACUUCUUGAGAUCUUUGUCUGAUUCUAGAGCUGUUAUUAAUUAACCAAAGAUAAAUGUCAAUGGACGGAGUUAUGAAAUGAGAAAUCUAAACCAGUUCUCUAGAUUCCUCGUUUAUCAUUCUGUAUCCGUUGUGAUUCUCCACUGGUUUUACGUCUUUUCUUGAACAAUUUUAUUUUAUUUUUCAAUUUUUUCCCGCAAAGUGUUAGGACAAGAACAUGGCAAACGCAGAGAAGACAAGUUCAGGUUCCGACAUAGAUGAGAAGAAAAGGAAACGCAAGUUGUCAAACCGCGAAUCAGCUAGAAGGUCGCGUUUGAAGAAACAGAAGUUAAUGGAAGACACCAUCAUCGAGAUCUCGGCUCUCGAGAGACGAAUCAAAGAGAACACCGAGAGAUGCAAAGUGGCGAGACGGAGGCUUGACUCGCUCGAGUCUGAAAACGUUUCUUUGAGAUCGGAGAAGACGUGGCUUUUGAACUAUGUCAGCGAUUUAGAGAACAUGAUUGCCACGACUUCCUUAACGCUGACGCAUAGUGGCGGCGAUGACGAGAACGUAAACGCGGAAAUAGCGGUUGGAGAUUGUAGGCGUAGACCAUGGCAGGAGUAUAGCUGUGGUUCUCUACAAACGCUUGCGUCCUUCAAAACAUGAGCAUUGUGUAUUUUUAAGUUUGUAUCUUAUCAUAUUGAAUUGUUUUCUCCUCAGACAUUCAAAAAAGUUGAUGGAAGUUUUUACUUGUU